ACUGAUCGAAAUUUGUGUUCCAAAAAUGGCCUCGGUGCAAACAACUGUGGAUGUCCAGAGCGCGCACGUCCUCAGCGAGGACUGCUUUGACAUGUGGCACGACUACAUGAACCUGGGCGCACUCCUGCAAAGGCUGUGCAACCGGCGGCAGGUCGACCCCGAGAAGCCGAAGCAGGAACCCGCGGCGCCGUGGCGCAUCAUCCAGACGCAGAGCUCCGCAGAGACGAGCUCCGUCAGCAGCCUCUCGGACACCAGUUGCGGCGGGAGCCCCGCAGAUUACUGCCGCUUCUGCAAGCAGAACGGCGAGACUCGGCAGGUCUACCGCUCGCACGCGCUCAGGUCGGACGACAGGAAGGUCACCUGCCCCAUCCUCCGAAACUACACCUGUCCCAUCUGCGGGGCCACCGGAGACCGCGCUCACACGCGCAAGUAUUGCCCGCAAGCGCAGAGAGAGGAUGCUGCGAGGAUGCUGCCCGCCAACAAGUUCUGGUAACUGAUGAUGAUGAUGAUCCCACUGAAGAGACCAGUUAUCCACCGUUGAGACAAUGUUUUCAGUUAAACACCAAAGGAAAAACCGAAAUCAUCGUUACAAGUUUUUAGAGUCUAUAGCAGUUUCAGAGCUGGUUCAUGUUUGACUUUAAAAAUCUGCUUGAUUGUCAAUCUGCAGCUAAAGAAGGUGAUUUCUUACUUUGAAAACAUUUUCCGUUUUUUAAAUAACCUUUCAUAAUUUUUUUAAAAACAAGUCUGUUGUGUUUUAGAUACAAAAUGUUAUAUUUUUUGAAAAAAGGUUUUGAAGCAACAAUAAAUCGUUUCAAAAC